AUGGACCCGCCCGCCUGUGGGGGUCACCACCUACAGAGGGGGCCCACGGGGGGCGGGUGCAGAGAGGACUGUGUGGCGGUCGAGGUGCGAAGUGGCCCGCCGGAUACCGGUCUGCGCUCAACAGCCUCUGGCUGUCGUCUAACAGGUAUGGCAGAGUUGGAGAGUCUGGUGCAGCGGCUGGAAGCAGUGGUGGGUCGUUUAGAAACCCUGCCAGCCCUCGGUGGCAGCACUGGAGAAGCUGUGUCCGAGUAUGUGGAGGCCUUUGAUGGGAUCAUCAGUGGUCCGGUGACUCAAUACUGCUCACUCAGCCAGAAGAUUGGCGGUGAUGUUCAAAAACAUGCGGACCUGAUGAAGGAGGCUUUUUCCCGUGAGAGACAAAUCCUCGUCACAGCUUCCACUAGCCAAAAACCAACUGAUGAUGUUUUGCAACGUCUUAUCAAGCCAAUAGGGAAAUCCAUCACACAGAUGCAGGAGUUUCGUGAGAAAAAUCGUUCCUCAGAGUUCUUCAACCACCUGUCUGCUGUCAGCGAGAGUGUGCCCGCCCUUGGUUGGGUUGCCGUGUCUCCUAAGCCAGUCCCCUACGUUAAAGAAUUUCAGGAUGCCAGCAUGUUCUACACCAACCGUGUCCUCAAGGAUUACAAGGAAAAGGUCCCAUUAUACAAAGACGUAAAAGAUCUCAACAUGCUCAUUCUACAGGCAGCUACAGACCAUCAAAGGUUCACCACACCAGCACGCUUUGGGUCAGGGAAGUUCCAGUGGGAAAACAACCCAACUCCACCCAACACCAUUACAUUUCCUCAGUCAACCCUAAAGAGCCACAGUCAGCCAGAAAACAGAAGUGCAGACAUUGCUUCAUUCCCCUUGCAAGAGAACUUGACAGUCGCCAACACUGUUUAUGCUGGUUUGUCUUCCAACAGCAGUGAUUUCACCACAGUCACUGCGACUGCUAUCGUCACAACAGUUCCGCAUGCUGUGAAGGAGCUGGGUGGUAUCAGCAGGCGAAAGUGUGGAGGUACGCUGCCCCGCAACGAGGUCGAACUCAAUGCCUUUGUGGUUCCAGCACCAUUGCCAGGGACAAACUAUGCAUUUGACUGGCGUUUGAUAACUCAUCCCAAAGAUUAUAGUGGUGAAAUGCAAGGCCAGCAGACCAAGACACUUAAACUCAGCAAGCUGACUGUCGGCCUCUACGAGUUUGAGGUGACUGUGGACGGAGAGGGGGCCCACGGACAAGGCUGCGUCAAUGUUACAGUGAAGCCAGAGCCUCGCAUAAACAAGCCUCCUGUUGCUGUAGUUUCCCCACAGUUCCAGGAGAUCUCAUUGCCAAUCAGUUCUACAGUAAUAGACGGCAGCCAGAGUACUGAUGAUGACAAGGUGGUGUCUUGGCACUGGGAGGAGAUUAAGGGCCCCCUGAGGGAGGAGAAAGUCUCUGCCGACACCCCCGUCCUUACCCUCACCAGUCUGGUGCCUGGGAACUACACAUUCAGGCUCACCGUGGUGGAUUCAGAUGGAGCCAAAGCCUCAGCCCUGGCUAUCCUGUCUGUUAACAAAGCAAAGGACUACCGGCCUGUGGCUAAUGCUGGUCCAAUCCAGGUCAUCACCUUGCCACGCAACUCCAUCACUCUGUAUGGCAACCAGAGUACAGAUGACCAUGAUUCGCUGGCCUAUGAGUGGUCUCUCAGUCCUGAAAGCAAAGACAAGGUGGGUGAAAUGCAGGGUGUGAGAACACCUAUCCUGCAGCUGUCUGCAAUGCAGGAAGGCGACUACACCUUCCUGCUGACUGUGACAGACUCAGCUGGACAGCAAGACACGGCCAAGGUCAUGGUCAUUGUGCGUCCAGAAAACAAUAAACCACCUGUAGCAGACGCGGGGCCGGAGAAAGAGCUGACGCUGCCAGUCGAUCGAACCACGCUGGAUGGCAGCAAGAGCAGCGAUGACCAGAAGAUAGCCACCUACCGCUGGAAACAGACCAAGGGUCCCGAUGGUGUGAAGAUAGAGAAUGCCGACAGUGCUGUUGCCACAGUUACGGGUCUAGAGGUCGGCACAUAUGAGUUCACACUGACUGUUACUGAUGAGAGGAAGCUGGAGAGUUCCGACACCGUCACUGUCAUCGUCCGAGAAGAAGUAGAUCAGCCACCGGUGGCUCGUGUCAUGUCCGGACCAUCUGUCUCUCUGCCUAUCAGGACUGUGUAUCUCGAUGGAUCUCACUCAACGGAUGACAAAGGUGGACUCAGCUACCUGUGGACCAGAGACGACAACAGCCCGGCUGCUGGGGAUGUCCUGAACAACUCUGACCACCAGGCAGUGCUGUUUCUCGGAAACCUGGUUGCAGGGAAAUACAGCUUCACCCUGACUGUGACUGACAGUAAGGGACAGAGCAGCACGGACAGGGGCACAGUGGAGGUCAAACCAGAUGUGUGGGAGCGAGACCUGGUGGAGCUGGUGCUGGAGGUCUCUGUAACCCAGGUAACCCAACGUCAGCGCGAUAUGCUGCUGCGCCAGGUUGGGGUGUUGCUGGGCGUGCUCGACAGCGACAUCAUUGUGCGAGAGAUCAGUGCCUUUAAUGAACACAGUACUCGGUUGGUCUUCUUGGUGUCCGGCGGUCCAGGGCACCCUCCUCUGUCUGGCCACAAUGUUGCACUUGUUCUUAGCAACAAACUCCACAAACAAAAGAAUGACUUUCUCAUCUACAAGACACAAAGGGUGGACACAGUCAUCUGUCAGCAAAACUGCUCCGGCCACGGCGAGUGUGACGCAUUUACGCGACGCUGUAUCUGCCACCCUUUCUGGAUGGAGAACUUCAUCAGAUCUCACUUUGGAGAUGCAGAAAGCAACUGUGAGUGGAGUGUACUCUACGUGACUAUAGCGUCCUUUGUGAUUGUUGUUGCCAUGGCCACAGUUGUUUGGGGGUUGGUGUGUUGCUGCCACCGACGUAAGAGCAAAGUGCGCAGAAGCAAAAGCCGCUACAAGAUGCUCGAAGCUGAUGAGCAAGAUGGUGUGACGCUACAACUGCAGAGAUUGGCCCGUUUGAAGUCGGUGCCUGUCCCAUCCUCUUCUGCUCUCAUGCACUCGGACUCUGACCUGGACAGUGAAGACGGCCAUGCUGGGGUGCCGUGGACAGACCAGGAGCGUGGGCAUCUCCUGCGGCCCCAGAACGGCUCCCUGAGGAAUGGCCAGGUGCCAGCACGGAGCAAAAAGCAAAGAGACGAGCUGCUAUAACAAGGGAUGAAGGGGGAGGAUACCCCCCCGCCCACUGAACAUCUCCACCAGAACUUGCACCUGUUUGUUUCUCACAGUCUGACUUUGACCCUCUCCACACCAACCUCCUUCCUCUCACCCACAAGGAUGUUGUGUUUGACACCUAGAUUUAGGAAUACUGAGAGGAAAACCAUGCUGGAAAAAACGUAGUACCACUUGCACAGGGAAAAACACUAUAACACUGACGUUUCCCUGCUCCCACACUGAGCCAAAACGAAGGACAAAUAAGAUGGGGAGUGGGGGGGGCAAUAUUUCUGGCAGAUUCUGGGAGACCACUGUGUUUGGGAUGAUAAGAGCCCGCAGAGACAUAAAGAAUGUGCUGAUACAGUAACCCUGUCAUAAACAGGACAUGCUGGGGAGAGACGAAUGUACUGAGAGACGCAGAACAUGAAAACCAGCAAGCUCACUGGACAUUAAACCCAUUCUCUCUCACUCACACACACACACACACACACACGCGCGUCAAUCCACUGCCAUCAAACAAUGCCACUUUAACCACCAUUUAACUGCUCUGACGACACUUAUUAUGGAUGUUUAUGAAGGAAAUAUGCAGCCAAAAAAAGCAUGAGUGACCCAUAUCGUGUGUGUGUGAGGCAUAGUGGGUUUCUGUGGUUGCUGUGCCAAAAGGUCUUUCAUCAGAGCAGUUUCUGUCAUUUCAUCUCCAUUGUUACCCCCACAGUCGAUCACUGAGUGUUGCUGGUUCUGGUGAUCACAUGCAGAAAAUUUUAUUUUUUUAACUCCUAUUGAUUUGUGUAGUUGUGGACUAAAUCACUGGCGCACAUGAACUGUAUAUGCUGUUAAUGACAGCAGGUAGACUUUCCAAAAACAUGAACAGGCAACUUAUUUUUUCCUUUCACUUUCCUCAAUAUUCAUUCAUGUAAUGAGCGCUUUAACCAUGAACUCCAUCUUUUACUUUUUUCUGGAAUUAGCCUCAUUUUGUCUUGUUUUAACUAAUUUAAAAAAGUAAAAAAAAAAAAAAAAGUCUUGCUGUUGCUAUGCUUGCAUACAGACUGCAGAGUGGUCGUGAUGAAGAAUGUAUUCCAGCAAAUGUGAAAGCAGCUCCGGACCCACCUCACUAACCUCACUUUGAUUUCACUUAUUUUUAAAAGUUAGAAUUCCUUCAAAAAAAAAAAAUUGAUGUCUUUGUGUGGUGGCGGCAAACGCGAUCGGUUUAAUUGUAAAUUGGGGGAGGCCGUUUAAUCUUGCUCUCUCCUUUUGGCAUAUUUGUUUAACUAGGUAAUAGUACCGUGGGCAUGAAGAUAUUAAGUACGUCAAGCUGACAUUUCACCAAAAUGAUAUUGACCUUCAUCCAAAUGAUUGACCUUUGCUUGACCUUGCCAAUGCAAUCCUGGAAUCCAAAAAACAGACAAACUUUACUCAAAUUAUAGUAUGAUUUGGAAGUUACAAAUUGGUAUGAUAAAUGAGAGAAU